UUGGUCAAUUUUAGCUUGACGCGGCUUUUUCGGACGAAGUUGGGUAGAAUUUCCUCGGUCUUUACAAUCUAUUCAAAAACAGGAGCUCAAGCUGUAUUUUUUUUAAACAAUGGACAUUCAAGAACUAUUGCCCCCAAUAUUGAUGUCUUUGCUGUUCCUUGGAAUCUUACCGUUUGGACAGAAGACAUGGAUCUUCGCAGACUUGUCGAUAACAACUUUAUGGGGAUUGCUUUGCGUGGCUUUUCCUAAAUACAUAAUGCAAUAUCAAAUUGAUGGUGAACUGGAUUUAAAGCAUGAAUAUUUUUACAGACAGUUUGGCUUCAUCCUCCUCAGCACAUCGCUCUUUGGAAUUUUCACACAACACUCAUCAGACCCUACAGUCAAAAUUACAUUUCUAUGGUCUCGAGUUAUUUCAACAAGUGUGUACAUUUUAAAUCGUGUGUACUCCAUUUACAAUGUAACAAAAGAUCCUCAUUGGAAUGACAGGAGUUGGUAUUUUGGGACUUAUGGAGAUGUUCUCUGGUUUCUUGGAAAUCUCUACUUCACACUGAGAUGCCCAGACUGGGGGGGAGCUAAUGAAACACACUCCAGACUGGAUGUCCACCUGAGGAUUGAUGCCAUUUUGACCUUUUUUAUGGCACUAAUGUGCUUUGCCUUUCCAGGUCAUGUUUAUAGAAUUCAGGUGGAUGGCAAACUGGGCAAACUUCACCUUUCUCUUGUUCGUAUAGUGGCAGCAUUCUUGUUUGGAUCCUGUGUAAUCUCUGCAUCAGCUUCAAGAUUUAGCAAUGUAGCAGAUAAACUUCAAUUUCUGACCUAUCGUAUUCUUACAAAUUCCUGCAUUAUUACAUUCCAGUUGAUUUCACAAUUUUUCACAAGUAACUGGGGUGUAUACCAUGUGUACUUCAGCAUAAUGGUCACGGCAACUUGGACACUGAAUGCAGGGUUAGGAUAUAUGCAUGAAGUCAAGAAAAAGAACAAAGUAGAAUAAACAUACACCAAACUGAAAUAGUAACAUAUCCUAAACAUGUACAUAAUUAAAAUUAUAAAGACAAUCUGUAAAGAAUCUCAUCAUUGAAAUGAAUGAAAAACUUAGUGGAGUGUUGUGAUUGUUUAAUAAAAGCAAUGAA